UGCGCGCUACACCUGCGGAUACAGAGGUGCGCGCAUCAGAGUGGAGGAGGGCGCAAGCACGUUUAAAUACUGGAGACAUCAGAAACCACAUCACAGCAUCACAGUGCGAAACACCAGUACACGGCAAAAACAUGGCAAACGCUUACCUUCAAGGAGUAGAGAUCUCCGCAUCUCAGUUCCUGGAUAUAUUUCAUCAUUACGACAACGAUGGUAAUGGAUAUAUCGAGGGGAAGGAGUUGCAGAAUUUUAUCAAAGAACUACAACAAGCACGAAAACAAGCAGGACUGGAACUAACAGACAAAAUGAAAGCCUUCGUGGAGAAAUAUGAACAGAAUGCAGAUGGGAAAAUAGGUAUCAUUGAGUUGGUACAAAUAUUACCCACAGAGGAAAACUUUUUGCUAUUUUUCAGACAGCAGUUAAAGUCCUGUGCAGAAUUUAUGAAGGCCUGGAGAAAUUAUGAUGCUGAUCACAGCGGAUACAUUGAAGCUGAUGAACUUAAGAACUUUUUGAAAGAUUUACUUCAGAGGGCCAAAAAACCAUAUGACGAGAAGAAAUUAGAGGAAUACACACAGACUACGCUUAAAAUCUUCGAUUCGAAUAGAGACGGGAAAUUAUGUCUGUCAGAAAUGGCGAGGCUGUUACCAGACCAGGAGAACUUUCUACUAAAAUUUCAGGGUGUAAAAAUGGCCAGAAAAGAGUUCAACAAGAUUUUUGAGUUCUAUGAUCAGGACAGGAAUGGUUACAUGGAUGAAAAUGAGCUUGACGCCCUCCUCAAAGAUCUUUGUGAGAAAAACAGCAAGAUGCUAGAAGUAAAAAAAAUCCCGACAUAUAAAACCGCCAUCAUGGCUCUGUCUGAUGGGGGAAAGCUCUACAGAACAGAGUUAGCGCUCGUGUUGUGCACAGAGGCGAUGUGAAGCCCCUCCGU